GAACCUGCUCAGCAAGUAUGCAGCGUAAUGAAGAACCUGUAGAGCUAGUAUGCGGCCAGGACAUAGCACACUGGGGUGGGAGAUCGCUCUUGUAGCUGUCAGUCUAUGUACACCCUCUGCACUGGAAUGAUACCUACCUAGGAGGACCCCCGUAUAGUCAUAGAUCAACCGGGGCACCAUGUCUCUCAGCAUCACUUUGAAGAGGGUGACCAAUCUCCCAGGAAAACAUGAACGACAAGUAACCCUGACCUUUAGAGGUUUCACUCACAAAACCAAGAAAGUCAACACCAGCACAAUAUUUGAAGUUGGUGAGCAUUUCAGAUGGCCGCACUAUGGAAAAAUAGUAUCCGAUGAGGUCCUAACUGUUAAAGUUUACAACUGCAGCAAAGUCUUCACACACAGAUUGCUGGGAAAAUUGAUUAUCAGCCUUCAGCAUCUUCCAAAGAGUGGCCGGCUGAUUCUGAAAGAGGCUCUGGUGGAUAAAAACUUCAGCGUCACCAGGAUUUACGUUGAGUUGGAUAUUCGGUAUCAGCCACCAGAUGGAGCAGCAGGAUCCUGGAUGGGAGAGGACUUUUUUAGUGUAGAAGACCACUCAGACUACAUUAUUCGGAAUGUGAACUUUCAAGAAGAUGAUCUUGCGGAAGCUGAAGCCGCUCGCAAGAAAGAUAUUGCUGCCGUUAAUAUCGGGAAGAAGCUGGUGAAACGAUCCGAUGACGAUGAAGAUGAUGACGAUUCCUACGAUGAAUCGGAAAUUGAGAUUUCUGGGAUCAGCUUUACUCCUGUUCUGAGUCGUUGCAGUGUUCCUGUGAGAGAUUAUGCAGCCAACCCAAAACCAAGAAAUUUUCAGGUUGCAAUUACAGUCAUACAAGCUCAGAAACUCAUAGGGGUCAAUAUUAAUCCAGCGGUACAUGUGAAAAUUGGGAAUGAAAAAAGACACACAAUAACCCAAAAAUCAACAAACUGCCCCUUUUACAAUCAGUAUUUUGUGUAUGAUUUCCUUGAGCCUCGUGAAGUUGUAUUCGACAAACUUAUUGAGUUAUCGGUUGUUCAUGUCAAGGCAAUACCUAUUUUUGGAAAGCAUAUUGGAUCAUUCAAAAUAGAUGUUGGAACUAUCUAUAAUCAACAAGAUCACAGAUUUCUGCAGAAAUGGGCAGUGAUGACUGAUUCUAAAGAUACCCGGGCGGGUAUAAAAGGGUUUGUGAAAUGCAAUAUGACUGUAGUAACGAAGGGAGACCCAAUGACUGCGCCUCCGUCGGCAUCAAGCAGCCAAAACGAUGACAUUGAAAAGAACUUAUUGCUCCCCAAAAGGAUUCCAGCCGAGAGGCCAUGGUCAAGAAUCAGUGUUAAAAUCUUUAAAGCUGAAGGAUUACCCAGCAUGAGUGAAGGCAUCAUGGGAGGUUUCUCUAAAAUCAUGGGGGACAAGAAGGUCUUCAUUGAUCCAUAUGUACAGGUCAUAUUUGCUGGUCAGCAGGGAGAAACCUCAGUGGAAAGUGACACCAACAUCCCAGAAUGGAACGAGCAAAUCAGUUUCAUUGAACUUUUCCCUGCUCUAGCUCGGAAGAUAAAAAUUCAGGUCCUGGAUGAUGCUCACAUCGGGGAUGUGGCGCUGGCCACUCAUUUUAUUGAUCUGCAGCAGAUAUCUGACCCAAGCAAAAAUGCUGGCUUUAACCCAACUUUUGGCCCAGCCUGGAUCAAUCUGUAUGGGUCUCCUCAAAACUAUACACUGAGAGAUGUCCAUCGGGAUCUGAACGAAGGUCUUGGCGAGGGGAUCUUCUACCGAGGUCGGAUCUUGGUCGCUAUAUCGCUAGAGUUAUUCUCUAAUAAUAAUGUUCAGGAGAAGAAACCCUUGCAAGCCCUCAAAAAUGCCUUCAGUAAGCUGAAGCUAAAGAAAAAAAGUAAAAAGGCACAGGAGAAGGAGAAAGCAACUGCAGCAACUGCUGCUGCAGCAGCGGAGGGUGCUGAAGGAGAAGACGGUCCAGAGAACAAUGAACAGCCAAAUGCCGUCACUGUGGAGGUGGAUGAUAUCCUGCCCUUGCCAGAGAAUGCUGUAGGAGUAAAAGAAGAGUUCCUUCUGUUUGGAACGCUUUUUGAGAUCACAAUGAUGGACCCCAGUAUUGGAACCAAACCUGUCAAAUUUGAAAUUUCUAUAGGUAACUAUGGUAAAACGGCUGAAAUAUUCACUUCUAAAUCUUCUAAAAAGAAGGCAAAAUCGGAAACGGUAUCAGAGGAACGUCAGGGUCUACUGGAUACUGGGUCAGAGGAUGAACUCAGUGUAGAUUUUGAGGAGGAAGUGACUUUAAAAAUGGACCAACAUGGCAAAUCGAUGACGCCUGCAAGGAGACCUCAGCGCACAGAACCAGACGAUUCAUACAGUUACAUACCUCUGGGUAACGAAAGGCCUUGUGUCUAUGUGUGGAGCCACUGGGAGGAUCACAGCUGGAGGCUGUACAACUCCAACUGGAUAGUCAAGAUAGCAGAACGCCUGGAACGUGGACUCAAUGAGGUGGAGAAACUCACAAGACGACCUAAAUCCAACCCACACGACCGUCUGAAGCAAGUCCUAGAAGAAUUUGUUGCUGGCUGCAGACAGUACUCACUUAGUGCUGGAAAAAGGACAAUGGCUCGCCCAAACAACUUGGACAAGUGCAGGAUGAAAUCUCUUUCUCACAAUAUUAUUCUCACUGCCAAACAAGCACUGAGAGCCAGACGCCGGCUGACCAAGAACAAUGUGAAAGAGAAGAUCAACGAUGGGAAGAAGAUUUUAUCCAGAGUCCGACUCAUGGCUAAAGAGCCGCAAUGCACGCUGCCUGACAUUGUGAUAUGGAUGUUCAGCAACAAUAAGCGUCUGGCCUAUGCACGCGUCCCAGCACAACACAUCCUCUACUCCGUGGUGGAAGAGGAAAAGGGAAAGGACUGCGGCAAGAUCUCCACCAUCUACUUCAAGAUUCCAGGAUCGUACAGCGGUGAAAUCUUUGCCAAAGCUGAGAUCUACAUGUGGCUAGGAGUCAAGAAGUAUGCCAAGAACAGCACGGCGGAUCUGCCUGAGGAUUACAAGUUCCUUUAUGACAGAGAUGGAGAAUUGGUGGAAUCUCCAACUCCCAACCCACCAAUCCUGAUUCGAAGGGACGAUUACCGCUAUUUUCAGCUGAGGGCUCACGUUUACCAGGCUCGGGGAAUACUACCUGCCGAUGACAAUGGCUUGUCCGAUCCAUUCGUUAGGGUUGUGUUUGGAAACCUAUGUCAAAAUACACUGGUUAUUAAUGAGACUCUGGCACCCAUGUGGAAUGAAAUGCUCCUCUAUGACAAUCUCCUGAUGGAUGGGAACAAGGAAAUCCUAAGGAAUGAUCCACCGCUUGUUGUUAUUAAUGUUUAUGAUCAAGACAAGUUUGGAGCCCCUGAUUUUCUUGGUCGCGCGUUUGCAACCCCUAUUGUGACACUACUGGAUGAAGAAGAGACGGAAGACACAGGACCUAAAUAUGUCCAGCCUGCCCUUCAGUUCUUUGACAUCUUCAAGGGCAAUAUUCCUGCUGGGGAGCUUAUAGCUACAUUUGAGCUUAUUGAACUUGAGAACCGAACCUACAUGAAAGAGCCAGCCCUACCGGAAUACAUAACAAACAAGGAACCAGAAUAUUUGGAUGAAAAUUCUGACCGUUAUAUUAUUCCAAAAGGCAUCCGGCCUGUCCUAAAGGAAUUCAGAAUAGAGGUACUUUUCUGGGGGCUGCGAGAUCUCAAGAGGAUCAACUUGUUUGAAGUUACACAACCUCAAGUGCGCAUUGAAUGUGCCGGGAAAAAAGUGGAAUCUGAAGUCAUUAUAACCUACAAGGAAUUUCCCAAUUUCACUGAACUCGUUAAAUGCAUUGAUGUGGAGCUUCCAGAGCAAACGUACCUCCAUCCACCACUGAGUAUUUUCGUAGUUGAGAAACGUUCAUUCGGCCACUCUGUCUUGGUCGGAUCUGCAGUUGUGUCUAAUCUCAUGAAGUUUGCUCCAAAAGAACUGGAAGAAAGCAUUGAAGAGAAUGAAAAACCUAAACAGAAAAAAAACCUUACUCAGAUGCCUUCCAUGCCAGCCGUUAUAAAUAUAGACCAAGAUAAUAAAGAUGGACGGUUUAACCCUCUCAACCUGGUGAAGGACCCGUUGAGGAAUUUGGGUAAAGCAAUCGUUAAGGAGGAGGAGCUGGAAGAAGAAAGACCUGAACCAGAAGAACUUGACUGGUGGUCAAAAUACUAUGAAUCUCUAAGAGAAGAAUCAGACCAAACGAACGUUGUGGAAGAGGAUGAAGAAGCAGAAAAUGAAGCAGAGGCAGUCAAUAUCAACGCCUUAGAUGCUGCAGAGGAGGUGGAAUAUGUUGAGGUGGAAAUUGUGAAAGCAAAAAGGAAACCGAUUUCCACAGUAAAGGUAUACAAAGGAGAACUGGAAGAUGAGUUUGACAGGUUUGAAGAUUGGCUGUAUGUGUUUCCUCUGUACAAGGGAAAGGCAUUGGAUGAUGAGGAUGCCAACGAUGAUGACAAUUUUAUGGGAAAAUACAAGGGCUCUUUCUAUAUCUACCCACACGGGGAAGCUACUGAUGAGUACCAAAUAAUGAGAGGCGUCCCCAGAAACCGGCCAGUGAAAGUACUUGUCCGCAUUUACAUUGUCAAGGCAACGAACUUAGCUCCAGCUGACCCUAAUGGAAAAGCAGAUCCUUACAUUAUAGUGAAAGUUGGUGAACAGACGAUGGACAGCAAGGAGAGAUACAUACCCAAACAGCUGAACCCAGUGUUUGGAGAGGUGUUCGAAAUGACGAUAUCCUUUCCAGUGGACUCAGAACUGACAGUCUCAGUGUUUGACCAUGACCUUAUCGGAUCAGACGACUUGAUUGGUGAGACAAAGCUGGAUCUGGAAAAUCGUUUCUACAGUAACCAUCGAGCAAACUGUGGUCUGGCCCUGCAGUAUGAUGUUGAAGGCUACAAUGCCUGGAGAGAUGCCUUCAAACCUUGCCAGAUUCUCAGCGCUUUGUGUAAAAAACACAGCCUGCCCGCGGCAGAGUACAGGAGGGAGGAGGUCAAAGUGAAUAAUAAGAUCUUUAAGAUACCCAUUGAGGCAUUUCCUGAAGAGGCUUUCGUAAGAGACAAGAACAAGGAAGAAGAUGAGUUGCUAUCUGGUUAUGAUGAACACAAGGCUUUGCAUGUCCUGCAGCACUGGGAUGAAAUGCCAGAGUUUGGCACCAGGCUAGUACCAGAACAUGUAGAAGUGCGGACCCUCUACAGCUCUGAGAACCCUGGAAUUGGGCAGGGAUCUCUUCAUAUGUGGAUUGACUUGUUUCCAACGGAUGUUCCAGCACCACCUCCUGUCAACAUCAAACCACGAGAACCUGUAAGUUACGAGUUGCGUGUGAUCAUCUGGAACACAGACGAUGUCAUCCUGGAUGAUAUUAACCCGUUUACCGGCGAGCCAUCUAGUGACAUUUACGUGAAGGGAUGGAUAAGAGGAUUGAAUGAUGAAAAGCAAGAAACUGAUGUACAUUUUAACUCCCUCACUGGGGAGGGAAACUUCAACUGGAGGUUUGUGUAUCGGUUUGACUACCUCCCCACAGAGAAGGAGAUCACAUACAAGAAGAAAGAGUCCAUCUUUUCCUUAGAAGAGUCCGAAUUUCGUGAGCCAGCUGUGCUAGCGCUCCAAGUGUGGGACUAUGACCGUAUAUCUGCCAAUGACUUUUUAGGAUCGAUUGAACUGAAAUUAAGCGACAUGGUGCGAGGAGCAAAGACGUCUCAACAAUGCACCAUCAAGAUGGCCAAGGACAAAGCCACGCCGCGCUUCUCCAUCUUUAGAAAUAAGCGCAUGAAAGGCUGGUGGCCAUUUGUCAAGCUCAAGAGUGAGGAGGACAUUGAGAGGGAAGAACGGGAGGCGGAGGACAAAAGCAAGAAAAAGAAGAAGAAGAGGAAACAUGUUAGGAUAGAGGAUGUGCAAUAUACUGAUACCAGUGGAAACGUCUAUAUUCUGGCGGGGAAAGUUGAAGCGGAGUUCCAGCUACUGACCGUGGAAGAGGCAGAGAAGAGUCCAGUGGGCCUCGCACGCAAGGAGCCAGAACCUCUGGACAAACCCAACCGCCCCAAAACCUCGUUCAACUGGUUUGUGAACCCCCUAAAAACAUUUGUUUUCUUCAUCUGGAAGAAAUACAAGAAGUACAUCAUUGCCCUACUCAUCAUCGCUAUCCUGUCCGUUUUCCUGGUCCUCAUCCUGUACACUAUGCCUGGAUACAUCAGUCAGAAGAUCAUCAAUGGAUAAAGGACCUUGCUUAUAAUGGAUGGUGUAAAUAAUCGGACUUCAAUUUGUAUAUAUUGUUUGGAAUAUCUUAUUUUCAAAGGAGAGCUACCUUCAUUGUGUUUACAAAAAA